CACUUCAGUAUAGUCAGUUGUGUUUACGCUCUUGACGGUUACGGUCGCUUUACAGUCAAGAUGGAAAAUGUAUCGGGCAAUGUGCCCUAUGCGUGUUUAUUCCUCGCAGUAUUUCUUGGACUUAUUGGGACGGUCCAUGGUCUGUAUUGUAAGCGGGACUGCCAUCCUCCAAAAUGCUCCUGUCCACAAUAUAACUACCCGAUGAAUCGGGAGGAUAUCCCACAAAUGGUGUAUUUCGGAUUUGACGACGCGGUGAACGUUAUGGUUUCUGCUCUAUACGAUCGGAUUUUUACGGAGAAUAGAACGAAUCCGAACGGAUGUCCGGCGAAAAUGACGUUAUUUGUAUCCCACAAGUAUACGGAUUACCGUCGCGUUAAAAAUUUCCACGAAAAUGGUCACGAAAUUGGAGUCCACAGUGUUACACAUUCUGUAAUUGGCAACGAGAAUUUACUGCGACAGGAAGCGAAGAAACAGAAGGAUAUUCUCAUGAGUCGAGCCGGAAUCCCUGAAAAGGAUAUAGUAGGGUGGAGGUCUCCCUUUUUGAAACCCGCGAGUGUCAACCAGCCGAAAAUAUUAAAAGAAUUAGGCUACGAGUACGAUAUUACCUACACAUACACAAGGACGCACAUGUCAUCCCCAAAACCCUGGCCUUUUACUUUGGACAGCGGCUGGCCUUUUAGAUGCGCUACUAGACCUUGUGCAAGAACCAGAGUGAAGGGCUUCUGGACAGUACCCGUUGAAGGUCUAAUGGACUUCAAAGAUCUAUAUCCUUGCACCUACGUUGACGGCUGUGUUAUCGGAGCGUCCAAUGAAAAAGAAGCGUACAAAUAUCUUAUGGACAAUUUCAUGUCCUACUAUAACACUACCCGGUCACCAUUUGGACUCAAUAUGCACGCAGCGUGGUUUUACCGGAGUUUCAACCUUGAUGCCAUGUUACGAUUCUUAGACGACAUCGGCAAAAUGGACAACGUUUAUAUUGUGACCGUUAAACAAAUGUUAGAUUGGAUGAAAUACCCUACACCAUUGGCCAACAUAAGUAGUCUAAAGUCUUGGAACUGCCAUUACAAGGAACCUACCGAAGUACCGACUACUACUACUACUACCGAAAAAGUAAUAAAUGUUACCAAGCUGGAUGAGAGAAGAAAUAAUCCCAUGUGGUUUAUUCUUCGUAGACUUUUUUAAAUUGCUUUAGCUUUGAAAGCAUCAAUGUUUUAAUAAUCAGGGGCCGAUUUCUGGAAACUACUUGUUAUAACACGAUUACCCUAGCUCACUAUUUUUCUCCUUUUAAUAUUUUUAUCUAAAGAAAACAACAAACAUUUUUAUGAAGUUUUUAGACUCUUUAUUGGAGUUAUCUGUCUGAUAAUUAGUAUCAAUAUCAAGUUUAAGAAAGAAAUAUUGAUAAACGAAAAAGCUUCUGAAGUAUAUUUAGCUUAAGAAAUUUCGAGAAAUCAGGGCCUGGAGUACAAUUGACUAAGGCAAUAUUUAAGUGACACUCGUAUUUAAAAAUCAAUACAUAAACAUGUAUAAAAAACAUUAGUUUUGAGUGAUAAUCCUUUAAUUACUUACUAAAUAAUGCAUUUAUGAAAUAUUUUAAUUACUGACAAUAAGAUUAAAACUGUGUAUUUAAUAGCUGAAAAUGCCGGAUAUUAAAUGACUGGUGAGUCCUUGAACAUUUUCAGUGAUAACAUAUACUAUCUUAAGGUAGAAAUACCGCGUUUUCUGCAUAUUUCUUUCAAAUUAAAUACGGUAUUUUUCAUAGGAACCAUUGUUUUCGAUAUCUAUUCAUCAUGUUUGGUAAAUUAAAACAAUUGUAUACUUGUGGUACUUUAGUAUACCAUUUUUAACCAGACGCCGUAAAUAUUAGCUUAAAAUUGUUUUAUGAAUUGCCGACACAACUCAUCCGAAUUGCUCAUUUUGUAAAGUAUUUGUGACACGUUGUUUUCGUUAAAUAAACAUAAACUUGAAAUUUUAAAA